GUUGGAAUGCGAUUUUGGUUUUUCCUAUGUCUGACUUGCUUGCUGACUACUGUUAAUGCAACAUGGCAAUGUUUCAAUGUGCAUCCGAGCCACGCAGUAUCCAACUCUGACGCCAUUGCUGAACUCUUUCACGUCACUGCCGGAGAAUGCCUUAACUACUGUAUAUCACAAGCAGCUCAGAAAGGAGAUGGUUGUGUUUCUGUGGUCUUCCAUAGAAAGUUCAGUACCUGCCAGCUUUAUGGGCACGAUGGAACUCACAACGGCGCUGAGGUGGUGUAUUUGGAGGAUCACGACUUUUACAUUCGCAGCAGUUGGGAUGGACAGUGCCAAGACAAAAUCGCUCCGAUUCGUGGAUACAAGCAAAAUAUUCAGCAACUGCAGACUCCACAAAUAAGCACGCUUCCAAAAGCUCAAACUAUUCCAAAUUUACCAAAGUUCGAGAAUUCUGAUUUCCCAAAAGACCCGAACCCUCAAGUCAUAAGAGAUAAUGUUCGAAAAGCUCCAGUUCAUUUUGAAAAUUCAAUUGUACAAGAAAUAGAGCGCCAGGCGAUGGAAGACGAAUUUGAUAUGGACUAUUUAACUACAACAUCACCACCAAAGAAAAGAACACAUCCAGAUAUCAUUACCUCGUUCAGAAACUCAGCGCAUAAUUACAAAUGCCAACGUGACGAAACUUUGUCCUACUUUUUGGUGUAUGGGAGUCGGUUAUCAACCAAAAUGUUGCCACAGAGAUUGAAUGGAGUUGACCAAAGCAGUUGCUUGAUGUAUUGCAGUCAAAACAUUAAUGCAAUCGGUCAAAAUAUACCAUGCUAUUCUUUGAAUUAUGAGCCAACAAAUGAGAUUUGUGAAAUGUACGGAGAACAGACCAGAAAUGAAAGUGAUUCUGCAACAUUGGCUAUUGAUGACGAGCAUAAUUUCGGGGACAAGUUUUGCAUAAAAACAAAAUAUCACUGUGAUGCAGAGACAUUGUAUCCGGUACAUCUUUACAAGAAACUCAUGAAGAAUAUUAUCGCACGAGUUCCUGGACUUGCCUCGAAAAUUUCGUGCUUAUCAGAGUGCAUUGAAAAUCGAGAAUGCAAGGCAGUCACCUACAAAAACGGAAUGUGCGUUCUUCAUUCCGUGUCACCAUCUGAAGAUGAAUCGUUACUUCUUGAUGGAAGUGGCAAGACUAUGGUGAUUGAGAAUGGUUGCCAUGUAUCAAGUAAUACUAACAAAUCCGUGACAAAGUCCAAAGAAGAUUCUGAAGAAAGCGAGUCUUCUUGGCAAGAAUGGAGUUUGUGUCAGUAUGGAGUCAAAGGGAGAAAAAUGCGAGUUCGUCAACGAGAAUGCGAUGAUUGUGAAGAGAAUAUGCAAGUUGAAGAAUGCUGAACCAUUUUUUUAUUUACUAUGUACAUUAAUAUGCCAAAUAAUAAGCGAAUAAAUAAAUAUCAAUAAUUUUG